AUGGAUAAUAAAUUAAGAAGUUAAAAAGAAGCUUACUUAUAGGAAGAAAUUUUAGAUAAAGGAAUUGAUCCUAAUCACUUUCAAGAGUUUUGUGAGAAGAUUAAGGGGGAAGGUAUGGAUUCAAUAUAAAAAAAGAAAGUGAUAUUGAUAAAUGGACUUUUGAAGAUAUUGUAUAGUUAGUCAAUUAAUAUAAAAUUGAAUUUUUUACAACCGAUUUCGAUUAACCAGUAGAUGAUAUGAUCAUAGGAUGGAAUGCUUUUGAUUAAGUCAUUCCAUAAAUGGAUAUUAAAAGUGAUCCCUAAAUGUGGAACUUAUUAGACUUAGAUCAUGUAGGAUCAUCUCCUGUAGUAGAUUAAUAGGAAGAUUAAAAAAAUGAAUAACCAUUUUAGUAAACUCAAAAACAAAUUUAGUAAAUUCAUUAACAAUAAACAUCAGAAAUUAAUUAAAGAGUCUCAGAAAUAUUAGAUAUUCCCAAUAUUGGUAAGCCAUUGUCGAUAUCACCAACUGCUUUAAAGCUUUAGGAAAUAUAACAAUAAAUGCCUAAAAAAUAAGCACCUGAAAUUUAUUCAUUUUCUCAAUGCUCAAAAUUAUAAUGUAAAAAAUUAGGUUUUAAUAUAUUUGCAUAAGGUGUUCCUUCUAUAAAAAUAACUGGGUAACUCAAUAUUUUUUAUUUAGUUUUGAAAAGAAAACAGGAGGGCUAUUUAAAAGUGAUUAUGUUGUAUAUAGUGUUAAAACAGGUGAUGAAUAUGUUGUUUAAAGAAGAUAUUCAGAUUUUUAAUGGUUAUAAUAAACACUUUAUAAAUUAUUCCCAGGUGUAGGUAUACCUAGUCUUUCAGAAAAAACAGCAAAGAAAAAUGCAAAAAAUACAGUUCAAAAAAGAACUAUUAUCCUAGAAUUCUUUUUAAAUGAAUUAGCCAAAAGUGAACUUUUUAGAAAUAGUAAAUAUUUUGUAGACUUUCUUCGUUUGAAUGAUACAGUUUAAUUUAAAUAACUAAUAAAGUUUGGAGAAAAGUUAAGUAAACCAAAUAAAUUUGAAAGUCUUUUAAAUAUGACAGGAACUAUUAUAUUUGUACCAGAUAUUAAAUUGAAUAAUUUUGAAACAUUUAUAUAAUAAGAAGAACCAAUUUAUGCAAAAAUAAAAAAUCUAUUUAAAGUAAUAACUCAUCAUUUAUCAGCAAUUUCUAAAAUUAUUAAAGAGAUUGAAGAUUCUAUUUAAAAUUUAACAAAUUUAUGUCAGAAAUAUGAAGUUAAUUAAGAUUAUGAUCCUUUAUAAGAAAUGACUAAAAAAUUAGAAGAAUAAAUAAUAAAGAGUAGUUCAAAUUAGUACAAUAGAAUGUAUAAUAUGUUUCGUUAUCAAACUCUGAAUUUUACCUAAAUAAAAAGUAUUUUAAAAUUAAGAAAUGAAUUAUAAUCUGAAUUUUCUAAUAGAAAAGAUUUUAAAUUAGAAUAAAUAAAUGAAGUUUAUAGUUCAAAAGAAAAUACUAAAUAAAUUGAUGAAUUAGAAUUUCCAGCUAAAGUAUAAUAAUAUGUCAUAAUUAGAGUUCAAAGCUUUUGGCUUAUCAAUUAGGUUAUAUAAAUUGGAGAACUAUAGAAGAAAUUAAGACAUUUUUAGAGCAUCGUCAGAUUGGAUUUCAAACAUUUUCAUAAGAAGUAUUAAAUUGA